AUGUUACUCAGUAUAAAACUGAAACAUCUACUAAUGACAUUGGUUUUGACAUCAAUAUUUGCUGAAAUCGCAGGAAUAAAAUGGGGAGCGGCUAAAUUUUUUAAAUCUGAAGAAGGAAAAGGUCUAAAAACCCGCGUUGAGGCAGGUAAAAAAAAGAAAAAAAGGCGUAAAAAACAACCACCUAGAAUCCAUAAUUGUCUUGACUCAUUGGAUUAUAAUGAAUUUUUAACACAUUAUUACAAAAACAACGAAAAAGAGCCGAUAAAAUUAGAAUGUGAUUUACUUAAGCCUAAGUUAUCAUUUGUACCCGACGUUCUAUGCGAAACAAUUGGACAGUAUUUCAUUCAAUUUGGUAUUAAAGUGUACUAUAAUUUUUUUAAAUAUUUAUUUAACAUAGGAAAAAAAGCAAAAAGAGGUAUUUUUUCAAGAAGUGUGACUGGUCAAAUGAAACGUAUGGUAAAAAAAUAUGAGGAAAGCGGGGACAAGAAGAAGUAUGCGAACGAAAUUCAAAAAUGGGUUGAUAGGUUUUAUGAUCUAAGUUGCAGUAAGAUUAUGCCACAUUAUAAUGCAUUUUACAUAUUUUACAAUGAUUAUUCAAAGUCUAAAGAACAUAAGGGUUUUGUUAAAACUGCAAAUUGUGAUUAUUUUGUACGCAUACCUAGAAUAAACACAGAGAAUAAAAUAAACGAUUAG